AAGGGGCCGCGGGGGCGCCACGUGUGUGCGGCAUGGCGGCGGCGGAGGAGGCGGCGGCGGUGCGGGAGCUGCUGCGCUUCCUGCGGCCGGAGGCGCGGGCCGACGUGCGGGCGCAGGCGGCGGCGCACGCGCUGGGGCUGACGGGCAGCGCGGAGGGGCGGGCGCUGCUGGGCGGGCCGGGCCCCGUGCGGGCGCUGCUGGCGCUCAGCGCCGACCCGGCCGCGGGCGGCGCCAGCCUGGCGGCGCUGCUCAACCUGGCCGCCGAGCCGGGCGCCGCCGCCGCCGCCGCGCUGGCCCCCGCGCUGCCCGCCCUGCUGCGCCGCGCGCUGGAGCCGGCCGAGCCGCGGGCCGAGGCGCUCUGCCACCUGCUCUGCAACGCGGCGCGGGCCGAGGCGGGCGCGCGGGCGCUGGCGGCGGCGCCGGGGCCGGGCCCGGGCCCGCUGGUGGAGGCGCUGUGCGCGCCCCGCGCCGCCCCGCACGCCCUCGCCCCGCUGCUCGCCAACCUCAGCCGCCUGCCCGAGGCGCGCCGCGCCCUGCUGCAGCGCCCCAGGUGCAUGCUGCAGAGGCUGCUGCCCUUCACGCAGUACGAGGGCUCCGCCGUGCGCCGCCGGGGGGUGGUCGGGACGAUCCGGAACUGCUGCUUCGAGCACUGCUCCCACGAGUGGCUGCUGAGCGACGAGGUGGACAUACUCCCCUUCCUCCUGCUGCCGCUGGCCGGCCCCGAGGAGUUGCCCGAGGAGGAGAUGGAAAGGCUGCCCGUGGACCUGCAGUACCUGCCGCCGGAGAAGCAGCGGGAGAAGGAACCCGACAUCCGGAAGAUGCUGCUGGAGACGAUCAUGCUGCUCACGGCCACGAAGCCUGGGCGGUGCCUGGUGAAGGAGAAGGGCACCUACCUGAUCCUGCGCGAGCUGCACCGCUGGGAGCCUGAGCCCCACGUCCGGGCUGCCUGUGAGAAGCUCAUCCAGGUGUUGAUCGGGGACGAGCCGGGGCCGGGCAUGGAGAACCUGCUGGAGGUGACGAUCCCGGCCGAGGUGGAGGCACAGCUGCAGCGCCUGGACCGCGAGGAGGAGGAGGAGGAAGAGCGGCGGUGCCAGCAGGAGCGGAGCGAGGAGCUAGGGGCGCAGACCUGCCCCCAGGGGCCCUCAAGGUGAUUGGCGUGGCCCCCACGCACGGGGACUCAUUGCCUGGAUCAUGCCCCACGGAGGACCCAGCCCCUUCCUGCAAAUCAGCCAGGAGCCGGGGUUGGGAGCUGCCAGGGCGUGAGGGUCCUUCCCUGGGCCCCCCUCGCCUGCCUCUGCUCAUGGCUGUGAGAUGACCGUGGGGGCCCCGGUCUCAGCAGCACUCCCCUUGCGCCUGGGGGACAGGCUGGAGGCUUCGGCCAGGCCCUGGCUGGUGACUUGACCCCGUGGCAGCUCCUUGCAGCAGCUCUCAGCUCCAGGAGCUGCCCCUGCCCUGUGCUGCAGGGGCCGUGGCCCAGCCUGGGCCCUGGGGGUGCCCAGCUGUAGGAGGGCUGCACCCAGAAGCUGCCCCGCUGCUUGCUCCUGGGGGGCCGUGGGUGCAGGGUGGCCACGUGCUGGGGCCGGGCUGCGGGGAUCUCGGCCUCGUGCUUGGCCGGGCGCUGCAGGGAAUAAAGCGAGUGUUUCUGAGCUGA